UACUUGACGGAGAUGGGCAGGACCGGACAUCCCCUGCAGUUCACUCCGGCAAACUACUGAGCAACGACCAGUGCCCAUACGCACGGGGGAGAUAGGAUACCUGCUGGGAGGAAAGCUCCAGCCACUUGCUAGAGCUCAGGAAAGCGUACAUAAUUGGCGACAGCUCUCGGUAUAUAUUGGGACGGGUACAGCUGUUGCCUGGAUGUCAACGAAAGGCAGAAAGUAUCAGAAGCGCGUAUCUUUCUCCGAAGAUGAAAACGAGAAGGACUGGAAAGAGGAAAACGGCGGUGUGGACGCACAUUACUUAAAAUCCGUGAAAACGGUCCGAGAUUCGUCUGGAUAUUAUCACCACAAUAUGACCAGUGUGGAGACCCCGGUGCACUGGCGCCACGCCGUGGCGAGGGAGAAGGGCCGGCGGCAGGCGGUGCGGGGCCCGGCGUUCAUGUUCAACAACCGCGGCACCAGCCUGACGCCGGAGGAGGAGCGCUUCCUGGACGCGGCCGAGUACGGCAACAUCCCCGUGGUGCGCAAGAUGCUGGACGAGUCGCCCACGCUCAACGUCAACUGCGUGGACUACAUGGGCCAGAACGCGCUGCAGCUGGCGGUGGGCAACGAGCACCUGGAGGUGACGGAGCUGCUGCUGAAGAGGGACAACCUGGCGCGCGUGGGCGACGCCCUGCUGCUGGCCAUAAGCAAGGGCUACGUGCGCAUCGUUGAGGCCAUCCUGGCACACCCGUCCUUCGCCACCGGCGAGAGGCUGACGCGGAGCCCCUGCGAGCUGCAGGACGACGACUUCUACUCCUACGACGAGGACGGCACCCGCUUCUCGCCCGACAUCACGCCCGUCAUCCUGGCCGCCCACUGCCAGAAGUACGAGGUGGUGCACAUGCUGCUGGUGAAGGGCGCCCGCAUCGAGCGGCCGCACGACUACUUCUGCAAGUGCGCCGAGUGCACCGAGAAGCAGCGCAAGGACUCCUUCAGCCACUCGCGCUCGCGCAUCAACGCCUACCGGGGCCUGGCCAGCCCCGCCUACCUGUCCCUCUCCAGCGAGGACCCCGUCCUCACCGCCCUCGAGCUCAGCAACGAGCUCGCCAAGCUUGCCAACAUUGAGAAGGAGUUCAAGAAUGACUACCGCAAGCUGUCUAUGCAGUGCAAGGAUUUUGUGGUGGGGGUGCUGGACCUGUGUCGCGACACAGAGGAGGUGGAGGCCAUCCUGAACGGGGAUGUCAGCGCGGAGCUGGAGGAGGGGCAGACGCACCGGGCGCUCCUGAGCCGCGUCAAGCUGGCCAUCAAGUACGAGGUCAAAAAGUUUGUCGCCCACCCCAACUGCCAGCAGCAGCUGCUGACGAUCUGGUACGAGAACCUCUCCGGGCUCCGGGAGCAGACCAUUGCAGUGAAGUGCCUGGUGGUGCUGGUGGUUGCCCUGGGGCUUCCCCUGCUGGCCGUUGGAUAUUGGUUCGCCCCGUGCAGCAAGCUGGGGAAGGUCCUGCGCAGCCCCUUCAUGAAGUUUGUGGCGCACGCUGCCUCCUUCAUCAUCUUCCUCUGCCUGCUGGUGUUCAACGCCUCCGACCGCUUCGAGGGCAUCAGCACACUGCCCAACGUCACUGUCACCGACUACCCCACGCAGAUCUUCCGGGUGAAGACCACGCGCUUCAGCUGGACCGAGAUGCUCAUCAUGGUGUGGGUUGCAGGGAUGAUGUGGUCGGAGUGUAAGGAGCUGUGGACAGAGGGCCCACGGGAGUACAUCCUGCAGCUGUGGAACGUCCUGGACUUCGGCAUGCUCUCCAUAUUCAUCGCCGCCUUCACUGCCAGGUUCUUCGCCUUCCUGGAGGCCACCAGGGCCCAGCAGUACGUGGACGAGAAGAUCCACGUCAGCGACCUGUCCCUGGUCACGCUGCCCCCGGACAUCGAGUACUUCACAUAUGCAAGAGACAAGUGGCUGCCCUCAGACCCUCAGCUGAUCUCAGAGGGACUGUACGCUAUCGCCGUGGUGCUGAGUUUCUCCCGAAUCGCCUACAUCCUGCCGGCCAAUGAGAGCUUUGGCCCGCUGCAGAUCUCCCUGGGCCGAACGGUCAAGGACAUCUUCAAGUUCAUGGUCCUCUUCAUCAUGGUGUUCCUGGCCUUCAUGAUCGGCAUGUUUAUACUGUACUCCUAUUACCUGGGUGCCAAAGUCAACCCCGCCUUCACCACGGUGGAGGAGAGUUUCAAGACCCUGUUCUGGUCCAUAUUUGGGCUGUCCGAGGUGUCGUCGGUGGUUCUGAAGUACGACCACAAGUUCAUCGAGAACAUCGGCUAUGUGCUAUACGGCAUUUACAAUGUCACCAUGGUGGUGGUGCUGCUCAACAUGCUGAUCGCCAUGAUCAACAGCUCAUACCAGGAGAUCGAGGAUGACGCUGACGUGGAGUGGAAGUUUGCGCGCUCCAAGCUGUGGCUGUCCUAUUUCGACAACGGCAAGACGCUGCCGCCCCCCUACAGCAUUGUGCCGAGCCCCAAGUCCUUCUUCCAGUGCCUCAAGAAGGCGGUCAACCUGUUCCGCUGCAGGAGACGGCGGCUGCGGAAGGACGUGGAGCUGGGGAUGGACAACUCCAAGUCCAAGCUGAACCUGUUCACCCAGUCGAACCUGCGCAUCGCGGAGUCCCGCAGCUUCAACAGCAUCCUGAACCAGCCCACGCGGCACCAGCAAAUUAUGAAGAGACUGAUCAAGAGGUACGUGCUGAAGGCACAGGUGGACAAAGAGAACGAUGAGGUCAAUGAAGGUGAGCUGAAGGAGAUCAAGCAGGACAUUUCCAGCCUGCGGUACGAGCUGCUAGAGGACAAGUCGCAGGCCACCGAGGAGCUGUCCCUGCUCAUACAGAAGCUGGGGGACAAACUCAACACCACCACGACACGGUGCGAGUGACAGCACUGAGGGAGCGUCCCUGCCGGAACGGACCGUAUAACCAGAGUGGCCAAACGCCCACACGCCCGUUCACCCAAAACCCAGGGGUGCAGUGACACCUGCGCUGUGGUCACAUCAGAGGAUGGCAGCAUAUAAUGUAACUGCACACAUCCAUGUAUGUGACCAAUGCAGGUUAUGUGAAUCCUUCCAUCCGUCGAUUCAUCUGUUUAUUAACUGUUAUCUGUCUGCCUUGACACACACACACACACACACACACACACACUUUUUAAUUUGCAUCCUAGUGAAGUUUAAAAUGCUUUAAAACAGAUACCAGAAACUGAACAAUGA